AUGAUUGAAGAAAAUAAUAUUGAUGAUUGUCAUUGCCAUUCAAUAAGAAUAUUAGAACAUGAAUGUAUUAACUGUGGUAAAGUAAUAAAAAAAGGAAAAAUUUUACUUCUAGAUAAAAGUAAAUUUGAUUCAGAAAUAACAUUAAGCGAAAGUGUAAAAUCUCAAGUUAAAAAAUUUGAAGAAAUUUUGUCUAGUAAUAACAAUUUAUCAGAAAACAAAUAUUCAUCUAUUCAUAAAAGUUGCGAUGAUUUAACCAAAUCUAACCACAUAAAUUGUACACACUCUGAAAAUCAAAAUAAUUUUAUUGAGAAGGUAUUAGAAAAUGGGUAUGUCUCCAUUGAACAUUCUGAAUACGAAACUAAUGCCCAUGAAAGUGGUAAAAAUUUUAGUGAAAAUGGUUUUUUAGUUGAAAAAAGACAUUCAGUUAAUUCUAAUCAUUCUAUUAAAAGUAAUCAUUCAAAUAAUUUAACUAAAAGUAAUCUUUCACAUUAUUCAUUUAAAAGUAUUCAUUCAAAUAAGUCAAAUGACAAAAUUGAAUGCCAAACUCCUGUACAAAAUAAUUUUGAUCAUGACAAUGAAACAGUUUUAUCUUUUGACAAAAAUACAAUAGAAAACAAAAGUGUACAUGACAAUUUAUCAUUAAAACAUGAAACAUAUGAUUAUGAUCAUAUGAGAAAUAUUAAUAAAGAAUUAUGCAACUCAACAAAGUCUCUUGCUUCAAGUACUAUGACAUCUUCAACUUUUAAAUCCAAUAAAUCAUUUCCAGCACCUAUUCCUCCAGCAAGAACUAUUAAAGAUAAUAAGAUAAUGACAACAACUAUCACUGAAAAUGAUAAUGUUACUUAUUUUAAAAAAAUUGAAAACAAUAAUAAUAUUGAAACUUUUGAAAAGAACAAUCUUCAACAAGAUCAAUAUUUUACUAGAAAAUUACAUGAUGAAAAAUCAGAAAAAACAUUAUAUGAGUCAUCAGAAACCUUAAAACAUAAAGAAAACAAUAUUGAUAAUAUUGUAAAACAAAAUCAUUCCCUAGAAAAUACUACUUUCCAUAAAAACAACAUAAAUGAUUUACAAAAAAAUACUCUUGAGCUAGAUAAUCUUACACGAUCAGUUCACAAUGAUGUAAUUUUAUUAUCAAAAAAAACUAAACUUUUAGAAAAACUUAGUAAAAAUUUAAAUAAUGAUACUAUUGAUUUACCUAAAGAUGCUCGUAUUGAUUUCAAAUAUUUGAAAGAGAAAUAUGCUUCAUCAGAAAAAAUAAUAGAUGAAAAAAGUGUGGAAAAUUCAAAUGGUAUAGUUAAAUCCACAACAUAUUAUGAAGUAGAAAAAAAUACUUUUGAAAAGCCUAAUGAUGGAAUUCUUUCAAGAAAUAAAGAAUCAAGAUCAUCAUCAUUCUCUGAUUUUAAAUCAUCUUUAAAAGCUGAAGUUGUUGAUAGAAAUGAACUUCCUGGUAAAAUAAUUCAAAUAGAAAAAACAAAAAACAAUGUAUUUUCAGAAUCACAUAAUCAAGAAAAAGAAAUUGCUUAUGAAAUAACUCGUCGUCAGGAGUGUGAAAAAAAUUUCUUUUCUUGUCUUGAAUCAUUAUCCAAUGACAAGGUAGUUGAUAAUAAUAAUUUAGAAAAACAUAAUUCACCAACAUAUUAUCAUUCAAAAAAAACAUCACACUAUGAACCAUCUGUUUAUGAGGAAUAUAAUAAAAAUGAUAAUAAUGCUGAAAGUAUACUAGAUUUACGUAAAAUAAAAAAUAAUACUUCAUUAUUACAUGAAAAUCAUCCUAGACAAACUCCAAAUUCAUAUGUUUAUGGUUCUGAGUGUGAAAAAAAUACUAAUAAACUUAGAUAUUGGAAAGAUAAAUUAGUUCAAGAAUCUGUAAUUGAUGAAACAUAUGAAGAUCUUACAUUAUAUAAACCAAAAAUGAUAGAAACAAUAUGUCCUAUAACAAAUACCAAAAAAAUUAUUAUUGGUGGUGAAUCAAAGACAGAUCAAUUUAAAACAAUUUUACUUUUUGGAUUACCAAAUUGUGGUAAAACAUCACUUGUUAAUAGAAUUUGUAACUACUUAUAUGGUACUGAUCGUAGUACAUUAUUAAGAUUAGUAGUUAAAUUUCCAUCUGAAUUACAUCGAAAACAACAUGAAAUUAUAACAUAUCAAUUUAAUAAUUCACUACUUCCAUACAAUUUUGUAAUAAUUGAUACACCUGGAUGUGUUGGUGAUGAUAAUGGUGGUCAAUUUACAUAUAAACAAUUAUAUCAUACUUAUAUUAAACCACUUGUUAAUUCAAAACAAUAUUUUACCAUUGAUGCUGUCUUGAUUUGCCUUCGUUUAAAUUCUGAUUGUUUUAAUAGACAUUUUAAUCAUCAAAUUAGAGGUUUAAAAAAAAUAAUUAAUGGUCAAAAUGAUUCUAAUAAUAUUUUGUCAAUCUUUACUGAUUCUGAUGACAAGUAUGAUAUUAAUGCAAUGAAUGAUUUUCAUAGAAGACAAAUUUCAAGAGAUCAUGGAUUAUUUUUAAUACAUUCAAAAAGUUACCUUAAUGCUAAACAUGGUUUUAGUCAUCUUGAUUAUAUUAGAAUCUUUGAACAAUCAGAAUCUGAAUUAUUCAAAUUAUUCAUGUAUCUAGAGUAUGAUGUCAUUCCAACAAAAUUAGUUAAAAAUGAAAGAUCGGAAAUUUUAGUUUAA